CGCGAAUAAUUACUUCAACUAAAAGAGCGGCUGAGAUAAUAUCAAGAAAGUAAAAGAGGAUAUGUGAAAAACAGGUAAUUGGCUCUUUCUUGAAAAAAAAAAAAAAACUUUCUCGCAGCGAUAUCCAAGAGUGGAUUGUAAAAAGAGCUCUGGUGGAUUGUCCGGGCUCUAAUCAAGGAGAAGUGCGAGAGAUAAACGGAAAAGGAACGUCAAUCCAGCAAUACGGAAAGAGAAAAGCAGGAUCAUUUUUGAUGCGCGACGAGGCAAAACCGUAUAAAUUGUUGUUUGCGAUAAAUGCAGAAUUGGAAAGCAAGUAUUACUUUAGAAGACAUUACUUUUUGAGGGUCACCAUUCUUUUCAAUUUCUUUGAUAAUGGGAUAUUGAGAAAUUGAAGAGAAAGGGAAUAUAUAAAUAUACAAAUAAUUGUCACACCAAAAAUUGCUAGUAAACAGAGACGAUUAAAGAAUCAAAUAGUUAAAGCGGACAUGAAUUUGGGAUUACAAUUGUCAUCGUGACAUAUCUGCCACAUUGUCGCAUAUCACCGUCACGUGCGUGAAGUCAAUCCCGUUUCUCUUCGGCUGUCAAGUUCUCUCGAAUAACAGUUUUCUCUGCGUCACGUGACGAUAUUGGCGAUCUAGGACAGGCGAUCAACUACUGUCUAGACAGUUAUCAAACAUACAAUUUGAACGUUGCAACGAGAUAUCAUAAAGAAAACCGUAACCAUCUCCGAUGAAAUCAGCGACUUGACACAGCAUCACGUAUAUUGCUGAUACGCGUUCCGGACGAAGACUAGAACCGCAACAAGCACCACGAGGCAUCGUGAGACGAGAACGAUCGGCGACGGUAAAGAAGGAGAAUAUAAGGAGAGGGAGAGGAGGGAGAAAAAUCAAGAAGAAAGUGUCACGGCGGGGAAUCUUGUCAGUGAGUGGUGGACUGUGGUGCAGAUCGCGGGGCAUUGCGCGCGUGUGUGACAAGGAUUCUCGCGGGGGAGGAGAGACGCGCAGGACGACGACGAAGCAAAAGAGGAAGGGGUGCAGGUUGGACAAGCACGCGCGGCCGAGACUUGCGCUCGAUACGGCACGCGCGCGAUUCGACCCGAUCAUCGCUUCCGAUCACCACCGGCCGGCACCUGAUCCGGAAGUAGACCUUGUGACCUUGUGGGCCCGACCUUGGAAAUUGGCGCCACUGUCGUUCGCGAAGCAUCGUCGGGAAUCCGCGACGCGAAACUUACGCGACUGCCGUAAAGGACGCGCAAGUGUUCGAGAGAGGAAAUAGAAGCAUUUUUACUUGGCCUGUUUAAUCACUACAGGGAGAGACGUCCUUUUUUCUCUGGGAACGAAGAAGAGUUGUCAGUGAUCAAAUCACCUGUCACGCCGAUGGAAUGAUUCAAUAUGUCUAGAUCAUCACUGGUGAUUUUCGUCGCGUUAUGCGCGACAUGCAGCCGCGCGGAUUUUUUCGGCGAGAAAAAGGAAGUGGUAUACGAUUUAAUGGAGGCGUCGGUGUCGUCAAUGACGGACGAUAACAAUCUUUAUAUAGAUGACGGUCUGGACGGAUUCCCGGCGUUUGGCUUCCGACCCGGAUCCGAGGUGAAACAACCGCACAGAUUGUACCUCCCGGAAAAGUUGCCAGCCGAGUUCACUCUAGUGGCCACAUUUAAGCCGACCUCUUUCCGUACGAGCUACCUCUUUGCCGUCCUUAAUCCCUUCGAAACCGUCGUCCAAUUGGGCAUUAGAAUUUCGGACGGACCGGGCUCGAACCAGAACGUCUCGCUGGUCUACACGAAUUCGGAUGAGCAUUCGCACUCGGAGGAGGUGGCGAAAUUUACCGUGCCGAAGCUUACGAAGAAGUGGUCGAAGAUCGUCAUUAAGGUUUCCACAACCGAUGUCACCUUCUACCUCAAUUGCCACGAGAUGGCACGACAGAGGGUCACCAGAAUCCCCCAGGAAUUAGUAUUCGAUACCGCCAGUACGCUCUACAUCGCGCAAGCUGGGCCCCACAUCCAGGAACGAUACGAUGGUCUGCUGCAAUCUUUGAAGUUAUACUCCGGCCAUCCUCCGGAUCUUGUAAAAUGCUCUGCUGACUUUGACUUUUCAGCAGACGAUGAGCUCGGCUCUGGUGAUUACGAUAUCAACUUGUUCGAUGGUUCUGGCAACGCUGAUUUGAAUAAGAUCAGUCGGGAUGCGGACGAAGAUAAAAGUGAGGAGAGUAAUCCGCCGCCAUUCAUCACACCCCCGCCCCCGAAUCCAGAUUAUAAAGGUCCGAAAGGCGACAAAGGCGACAAGGGGGAUAAAGGGGAGAGUGUCAGGGGUCCCCCAGGCCCUCCAGGCCCACCUGGUCGCGAUGAGGAUUGGCUAAUGAAGAUACCACAGGGACCACCUGGUCAGAAAGGAGACCCUGGCACUUGUGCCUGUAACGGUACGGCCUUAAUGUCUUCCUUUACGAUGCCGAAGAUGAUACAAGGGCCGAAGGGUGAGCCAGGAGUGCCGGGACAGGAAGGCAAACAGGGCUUGAUGGGUCUCACGGGUGUGGCAGGACAGCCGGGGGAAAGGGGGUUGCCCGGCCCGUUCGGGGCGAAAGGUGACAAGGGUGAUAUUGGGAUAAUGGGGCCGGAAGGUCCCCAAGGUCAAAAGGGCGAACCGGGUCGCGACGGAAUUCCCGGCGAAAAAGGCGCGCAGGGUCCGCCGGGACCGCCUGGGAAAGGAGAAUUCUCUAGUUAUGACCCUAGUUGGAAACCUCGAAAUAUUUAUAGGACGGAAGGAGGUAUCACGAUGAGGCCGGGACUCCCAGGACAGAAAGGUGAACCAGGCAUCUCAGGGAAUCCUGGUCCUAAAGGUGAGGCUGGAAUACCAGGGUCUAAGGGUAUCAAGGGCGAGCCAGGACACAAAGGUGCCAAGGGUGACCAUGGGAAGGACGGUCCCAGAGGAAUUCAAGGUUUCAAGGGUGAACCAGGCGCAGCUGGUGCACCUGGUCUGCCUGGUGCACCUGGCGAGAAUGGACGACCGGCGGAGAAGGGCGAUAAGGGCGACACAGGACCCGAAGGCAAACCGGGACCUCCAGGACCAGCCGGACCACCUGGUGGUUCAUCGAAUGGUCCCGGUGAGGUAAUCAUAGGGGAUCUAGGAUUCGGCACAAAGGGCGACAAAGGAGAUACUGGAGCGCGCGGAUAUAAAGGAGAUAAGGGCACGAAGGGCGAGAAAGGCGAUAAGGGUGAUUCUGGUCCAGCUGGUGUUCCCGGAAUAAAUGGUAUUCAAGGGCCUCAAGGAGAUAAAGGCGAACCUGGUAAAGACGGGAUAUCAGGAUUACCCGGCAUACCUGGCUCUAAGGGCGAUAGAGGCGAAAGAGGUCCUCCUGGAGCCACUACCAUUGCUAAUUCCGGCGAUUAUAUCACUAUCAAAGGCGAGAAAGGCGCGGAAGGAAAACGGGGUAGGAGAGGGCGACCUGGACCGCCCGGUCCUGUGGGUCCUCCCGGCAAACCAGGAACUAUGGGAGAGAUUGGUCUACCAGGAUGGAUGGGUCGUCCUGGGACACCUGGAAUUCCGGGAAGUAUCGGACCAAUGGGACCCAAGGGAGAAAAGGGGGAGCCCGGCGCACCGAGUCCUUACGGUGUUACCGUCGGUAUCAAAGGCGAUAAAGGAGUCGAUGGUUUUCCCGGAAUUCCUGGCCAGCCGGGAAGAGAGGGCCAAAGGGGACCUCCAGGACCACCUGGACCUCCUGGACCACCGUCCCAAGGGAAAUACAUGCCAGUUCCGGGACCUCCAGGUCCUCCUGGACCCCCUGGUCCGCCUGGAUUGUCCUUAAUCGGACAGAAAGGCGAACCCGGGAUCGGUAGAAGUCACGUUUUCGGUGAAAGGGAUUAUUACGGCUCUAGACAAGGACCCAGAAGUAGUCUGGACGAAUUGAAAGCUCUACGUGAACUCAAGCAAUUGAAAGAAUUAAAAGAGCAAUUAGGAGUUGUCACUGCCGCUACAAGGGGGCCUUUAGAAAGUACAACGAAAAUUGUGCCAGGAGCUGUUACAUUCCAAAAUACUGAAGCCAUGACAAAAAUGUCUAGUGUUAGUCCAGUUGGAACUCUCGCUUAUAUCAUAGACGAACAAGCUUUGCUAGUCAGAGUUAACAACGGAUGGCAAUACAUAGCACUCGGAUCACUUUUGCCCAUCACAACGCCAGCACCCCCAACUACAGCACCGCCACCAGCAAAUCCCCCCUUCGAAGCGUCGAAUUUGAUUAACCAAAUACCCGUGAAAGCUGACGGAACGGGGUGGUAUCCGCGAAUGUUGAGAAUGGCUGCAUUGAAUGAGCCAUUCACUGGAGAUAUGCACGGUAUACGAGGAGCAGAUUAUGCUUGCUAUCGACAAGCUAGGCGAGCAGGCUUGAGAGGUACAUUCCGCGCUUUCCUCAGCUCUCGGGUUCAAAACGUCGAUAGUAUCGUCAGAUUAGGAGAUCGAGAUCUGCCUAUAGUUAACAUAAAGGGCGAUGUGCUAUUCAAUUCUUGGAAAGAGAUGUUCAACGGAAAUGGGGCGUAUUUCUCUCAGAAUCCCAGAAUCUACAGUUUCAACGGGAAGAACAUUCUUACCGACUUUGCAUGGCCUGAGAAAAUCGCAUGGCAUGGCUCUCACAAACUUGGCGAUCGGGCGAUGGACACUUAUUGCGACGCCUGGCACUCGAGCAGCUCAGAUCGCUACGGAUUGGGCUCGCCAUUGACUGGCGGCCGGUUACUGGAACAAGUGCGAUACUCGUGCGAUAAUAAAUUCGCGCUGCUUUGCAUCGAGGUGACGAGCGAAAUAGUGAGGAGACGGCGGAGCGUCGACGAUCAACCGGAAGACGACGUCGAGAUGACAGAAAACGACUAUGCGGAAUAUUUGGAAGAACUUAUGCAAUACUGAACACUCACUCUCUCUCUUUCUCUCGAUUAUCACCGUCACUUGUAAUGCGAAAACCAAGCCGUCAUAUCGAUAUAAUACAUAUCGCGAAAUAAUAACGCGCGAGCAGCAACGUCUCAUCUUAUUUCCGAGAUUCUAUAUCAAAGGUAUAUAAUUACUUCCGUCACGAGUACACUAACCAUCCGCUUCAACCACAUAUCUCAGUUCUCUUUCUUAUCUCAAUCCUUUCUAAAGAUAAAAAGAAGACUGAUCGUCUAGAUAUUCAUUCGUCAGUGUUUCGAAUAUUCCUAUCAGAUACUCAAUUUAUCAGUCAGUUUCGAGAGUUUCGAUCGUUCGAAGAUCUCUUUGUGAAGCCAUCGCCGCUCAACGUUCGUUAAGCGUAUCCCUUCAUCACGAUUAAACGUCCAAAAAUAUUUAUAGGUCAUCACAUGAACGACGUGACCUCGGACAUACGCGUGCACGAUUCGCUAAGGCGUAAAAAAGCGUCUAGUUUUUUUCUCCUUCUCAUUAAACACACACCAGAACAUUACAAUAUCCAUUCGGCAAUUUUUAAUUCAUCAAAAAGCCAGAAAAAUUCAAAUGAAUAAUUUUUACAAUUUGAUAGUUUGUAUCAAAGAUCGAGGACUUGAAUUCGAAACGAUAUUAAUUUUAAAAAUCAAAAAUUUUCGGGAAAGAAAAUUAAUUUGUUAUAUAAUUUAUUUUUUCUAUUUUUUUUCCUUUCUUUAUUUUACAUAUAACUUAUAUUAGAAAACGCAUAUAUUUCACAAUAAAAUAUAUUUUUUUAUUAAUUAUAAUACUUUUCAAAAAACUAUAAAUAUGAAUAUUGUUAUGAGGCAUAAUUUAAAAUUUAUAAUUAAGAAUUUAAAUAUGAUUCUUUUUCGUUUUUACAAUAAAAAAAAAAUUAAAUUUUCGUAUCAUACUUUUUCACAUUAGAUCGAAACAAUUUAAUUUUAAUUUUUCUGAAUUUAAUACAGUUUGGAAUUCAAAUCCCAAAUAAUUCAUCUAAAUCUCUCGUUUCUGAUACUCUAAUAUAAAAUAACUGACAUAAUUAUACAUGCCAUUAAAUGAUUAAAAUACAAAUAAUACGUUUGGCACACGAGCGUUAUGAAUGCAGACUAUACCAUUUAUAAACAAAAAAUAAUUACCUAACACUGCUAAAUAAACCUAAACGAAGUUCAUACCCGCGCGAUCAAGUUGCAUUUACAUUUUAGCUGAUACAUAUUGAGUGUGUAUGUUAGAUAUAAGAGACACAUCGAUUUAAGGAGUUUCAGACGACGGCGAGUCGCUAUCGAAGAUUUAUGCUCCGUGUAUUAACAAAUAGGUCAAUAAAAAUGAAAAAUUAUUUACUUGUCAAAUCACACAUCGAUCGUUUUCGGGAUAGCUUCCAUAAUCGAUUUAUUUAUAAGUCUUGAAAGAAGAAUGGUCAUAAAUAUUUUCAAAAAAUUGAAAACUAUUAUUUAUACAGGGUGUCCCAGACUUAAACCGAUAAACUUCAGGUGGUUAUAAAAGACACUAAAACAAGCCAAUUUUGCCAAUAAACCCGUGUCUGUAAAUGAGUCGUUUUGGCACUAGAGAAAGUUUAACAAAAGAAUCUCGCGAAUCCGAAAAUUCUGUUUUUGAUGAAACUUUACACUUAAAUGUAAAGGAAUAAAAUAGGUGAAUUUAGAAAUUUUCAGUUGCGACUCAUUAACGAUUUUAAGAGAUAAAAUCGCUCCUUAUAUAGAGCGAUUUUUUGUUUUUUGCUUUUUUUUCGAUAUAUCACGAAAAUUAUUCAGAUAUCAAAAAAUGUUUUAUAUAAAAGUUUCAUAGUAAAAACAUCUCUAUUUAACCACAUCAAUAAAAUUUAGAAAAAUUUUUUUGCCUUUGCUAGUCUUUGAUUUUCUUGAUGAUCUUCAUUUGCGGACACAGGAUUAUUGACAAAAUUUUUUUGAUGUUCUUUAUAACAAUCUGAAGUUUGUCAAUCUAAUUUUGGGACAUUCUAUGUAUACAGGAUGUCCGGCGUCAAUCACAUCACCCGUCGUGUGCAGAUAGAGCAAAUAAAACUGAGAAGAAAAGUCCUGUACCAUUUUUUUCGAUAACGCUUAAUAGAAGAGUUAUUAUUGAGUGAAGUCUGGCAAUUCAGCGCCGACCUUUAGCUGGACACACGUCAAUGAGCCGCGCGUCUGACAUGUGUGCGUGAACGCUCAGCUGUUUACAGCGCGUCACUGAUGUGCGCCCGGCUAAAGAUCGGCGAUGAUUGGUCAGACUUUACUUAAUAAUAACUCUCUUAUUAAGCGUUAUAGAAAAAAAUUGUACAGAACUUUUCUCCUCAGUUUUAUCUGCUCUACCUGCAUACGAGGGAUGAUGCGAUUGACACCGGACAAUCUGUAUAUAAAAAAAUGAAAACUUACGACUUCAUUACGAUUUCUUUUCUUGAAAUGAAUAUUCAUACAUGCACUUACCAAAUAUCCUUUGAUGUAAUCAUUAACUUCGAAUUUCAUAUUUGAUGCAAUAUCUCAUCCGAUCCAUACAUCCCUCAUCAGUUAUUCUAAAAACAUAUAAACAAAUAAAAUUUAGCAAAGCUCCAUAAUAUUGUUAUGCAAAAAACAGCUAUAAUAAUAAUUUAUAUAUCUCUUAUUCGCGUACGAGAUAUUCUUUUCUCAGUUAUUUGUACAAAAUUUAAGAAUUUUGUCUAGCGUUACACCGAGCAUAAAUCGAAUCUAAGUCAGUGUCUAUAACUCAAAGGAGAGGUAUACGUAUACUGUUAACGUUAACUUAAUUUAUUACAAUUAUUACGUAGAGACCGCAAUCAUGAAACUAUCACAAUAUGUAUACUUAGGUUAUCAACAAUGCUUAUUAGCGUAUAUUUCCUACGUACAUGCAUACGUGAAAUUUUUUAAAUGUCUGUAGUAAUUCGUGGCAUCCAAAAACGUGAUUAUUGAUGUCUUACUAUAUGAAUUUAUGCACAUAUCGGAGCGUAUAUGUAUAUGCAUUUUCGCGCGCGCGCUUAAUUUCAUAUCUUAAGGCAUGUACACAAUCCAUGUCACGUGUGUGUCAAUCGAUUGUCCUUCGAUAUAGUUUGCACUGAAAAUGUUUCGUUUCCAAAUUUUGUAUUAUUUGUACACUUUAUUAUUGUCUUUCUAAAUAAAAGAGGAAAAGGAA